UCCGCUACAGUGAUGACCACUACUUUGCCCGCCACGCAAGAAAAUUCGAAUGACCAGACAUCGUUUCGCCUCCCAUUAAUCUUCCAUCUCUCCCAUUUAUUUAUACUACGUGAAGAUUUUGAAUAAACACUAAAACUUCUGCAGAAAAACCAGUAAGAAAUGGAGAAUGGUAAUUCCGACGAUGAUUAUCUGGAAAAUGAAAGUAUUGCUCAAUAUUACGAAGAUGAGGAGGAAUCAUUUUCCCAGGAACCUUUGUCUGAAGAGGAGUUGGAAAAUCUCGUAGCCGAGCUUGUAGAAAUUGAGAGAAAAUCCGCCGAAGCGCAAGAGGCUUUGGAAGAGGAACCUCUGAUGGAAGUAGAAGCCGAUGCUAGGGAAGAAUUAGCUCAGUCUCUCUCGGGUGAUGAAUUGGAGAAGGCUGUUUUGGAAGAGAUGUCGAUAUACAAGGAAGAGUGGGAGUUGAUGCUUGAUGAGCUCGAGAAGGAGAGUGCUUAUUUAUUGGAACAACUCGAUGGUUCUGGAAUCGAUCUUUCCAGUUUGUAUAAGUGGAUCGAGAAGCAAGUUCCUAAUAUCUGUCACACAGAAGCAUGGAAAGGGAGGACUCACUGGGUCGGGACUCAGAUAUCAGAUGAAGCUACGAAAUCAGUCUUGCAGGCGGAAGAGUAUCUCAAGAUUCACAGGCCUGUGAGAAGAUGGCAUGGUGCCAGCGGUUUCCUCGGGAAGAAAAUUGCAAAGUGUGAUAAAAGUGUAGCUGUAGACAAAAGCAUGGAUAAAGAUUGGGAAGCUUUCGGCAAAUUGUGCUCAGAAACGGCAUCUAAUAAAGAUAACGAACCUGGUGCUACGCACUGGGCUUCUGUUUACCUGGCCAGCACUCCACUGCAGGCUGCUGCAUUGGGUCUAAAAUCUGCUGGAGUUGAUGAGGUGGAAGAGAUUGAUGAUGUCGAUGCUGCUUCAAGCGAUCCAUUUGUUGCAGAUGCUAUAUCAAAUGAAAGGGAUCUUUGUCUUACUGAAGAGCAAAAGAGAAACCUUAGAAAAAUUAAAGAGGAAGAUGAUGCAAAGGAUGAUCUCAAGCUUCAUAAUCACCUGAAAGAAAUGAGACGUAGAAGGCAAAACAGAGAGGGAGAACUUUCAUCAAUAGAUGAGGAGAGCCACAUGGAUGUCGUCAUCAUUGAUGACAAUGGGUCUACUGAGGAUGUUACCAAACACCUGUACGAUUUGUCUGCUGACCCUGAUAGAGAGAAAGCUAAGAGGAACUAUGACACUUAUGCUUCUAAUUCUGUAGUCAUAUUCUCUAGUUCCGAAUCUGAUUCAGAUAAGGAAGCCAAUGUCAACGAGAGGCGGAAUGUGAAAAAAUCUGAAGUUGUUACCAUCUCGAGUUCUGAUUCUGAUUCAGAAGCUGAUGGCAAUGUCGACUCCAGCACUAAGAGUAGACGAAAGAAAAUUCGUAGAAUCCUUGAUGAUGCUGAACUUGGAGAGGAGACACAGAAGAAAAUUGCAAUUGAAAAGGAACGUCAAGAGCGCCUUCGAUCUUUGGAGGUCACAGAAUCUGUUAUGGUCGGCAAAGGAGUUGGAGUUGAAGUCCCGGACAAUGCAUCCUCGGGUUACAUAAUAAACUUGGUGAGAGAGGAAGACGAAGAGGCAGUGAGGAUUCCUCCGAGCAUCUCUAUGAAACUAAAACCCCAUCAGAUUUCAGGGAUCCGAUUCAUGUGGGAAAAUAUUAUUCAAUCAGCGAGAAAAGUCAGAUCCGGGGACAAAGGUCUUGGUUGCAUUUUGGCACAUACAAUGGGGUUAGGAAAAACGUUCCAGGUCAUUGCUUUUCUAUACACUGCUAUGAGAUGCGCGGACCUAGGGCUAAAAACGGCACUUAUCUUGACGCCUGUAAGCGUUCUACAUAAUUGGCAUCAUGAGUUUUCAAAGUGGAGACCAUCGGAGCUAAAACCACUUGGGAUCUUCAUGCUUAAAGAUGCUCGAAGGAAGAAAAGGCUCGAGUUGCUGACGAAGUGGAGAACCAAAGGUGGCAUAUUCUUGAUCGGCUAUGCUGCAUUCCGUAAUUUAACCCUCGGGAAGUAUGUCAAGGAUACCAACGAGGCGAGGGAAAUUAGCCACGCGCUUCAGGUUGGACCCGACAUCCUUGUGUGUGACGAGGCUCACAUUAUCAAGAACACCAUGUCUGACACGACGCAGGCGCUGAAGCUAGUGAAAUGCCAGCGAAGGAUUGCACUAACUGGAUCACCUCUUCAAAACAAUUUGAUGGAGUACUAUUGCAUGGUUGAUUUUGUUCGAGAAGGCUUUCUUGGCUGCUGCACCGAGUUUAGGAACCGUUUCCAAAAUCCCAUCGAAAACGGCCAGCAUAGUGAUGCUACCUCUGAAGAUGUUAAGAUAAUGAACCAAAGAUCUCAUAUUCUAUAUGAACAGUUGAAGGGAUUUGUUCACCGGAUGGGAGCCAGCACGGUCAAAAAUGACUUACCCUCCAAAACUGUUUUUGUCAUUGCUGUUAAGUUAUCUACUCUGCAGAGGAGAAUGUAUAGAGGCUUCCUCGACUAUCAUGGGUUCGCAAAGGGCAAGGCGACUGGUGACAAAAAAUCUUUCUUUGCAGGUUACCAGGCCUUAGCUCAGAUAUUGAACCAUCCCAGCAUUCUGAAAUUGAUGAAAGAAAACAAAGACCAAAGCAAAUUUGAAGACGUAGAAAAAUCUGUUGCAGAUGAAGGACCGGGUGAUGAGAAUAUCGAAUGCAAUGUGAUAUCUGAAGAAAAGCUGCAGAAUCCUCAAAAAAAACUUAGCAAUGCUUAUGUUGACGAAGACUGGUGGAGUGGUCUUUUACCGGAAAACACUUUCAAAGAGGUGGAUUACAGUGGAAAAAUGGUUUUGCUACUUGAUAUUCUCACAAUGUGUUCGGAUAUGGGCGAUAAGGCCCUCGUCUUUAGCCAAAGUUUGUCGACUUUGGAGCUGAUUGAAUAUUAUCUACCAAGCUUGCCUCGACCAGGAGAGAACGGAAAAUGUUGGGAAAAGGGCAAGGACUGGUACAGAUUAGACGGAAGAAUGGAAAGCUCGGAGAGGCAGAAGUUGGUGGAUAGAUUCAAUGAAGCUGCAAAUAAAAGGGUCAGGUGCGUUUUGAUUUCUACGAGGGCUGGAUCUCUGGGGAUCAAUCUUUGUGCAGCUAAUCGAGUCAUCAUAGUUGAUGGCUCUUGGAACCCGACAUAUGAUCUUCAAGCUAUUUACCGGGUUUGGAGGUAUGGCCAGACGAAGCCGGUCUUUGCAUACCGACUGAUGGCACAUGCCACAAUCGAGGAGAAAAUCUACAAGCGUCAGGUGAACAAGGAAGGCCUUGCAGCGCGAGUAGUUGAUAGGCAGCAGGUGCACAGGACGAUUUCUAAAGAAGAAAUGGUGGAUUUGUUUGAUUUUGUAGAUGAUGAAAGUGCUCUUGUACUGCAUGAUUCGGGACAAGAGCAUGUCGUGGACAAACCGGACACGUCAGGUAGCAUUGGAGAUAUGUUGAAGCAGUGCCGGCCACCUUCUCUUGGAGCUUCUUCGGACGAAGUGAUGCAAAUCUUGAUCAACAGACAUCAGCCCAGAUGGAUUUUGAGCCAUCACGAACACGAGGCGCUCUUGCAAGAGAAUGAAGACGAGAAACUGUCGAAAGAGGAGCAGGACUCGGCGUGGGAUGUGUACAAGAAGACGCUCAAGCUGGAUGUUUCUGCAGACGAUCAGCAUAAGAUCAUUGUCGAUCCAUCCUCACAGCAAAGUUCAACGGUCGUGUCGAAGGCAGGGGUUUCUUGUGUCUCGACAUCCGUGAAUGAUGCAGCAACACGCCGUGGGAAGUGCACGGAGCUGUCGCAUCUACUAACAUUGAGGAGUCAAGGCACAAAGGCAGGUUGCAGCACCAUCUGUGAUGAAUGUGGCGAAGGAGUAAGUUGGGAGGUUUUGGGGUUAUAAGUUCUUGAUCGACCUCAAUAUCUCUCCCUUUUUGAGCAGUGUAUGUCAUCACAUUAUUGAAAAAGUCAUCCAUUUUGAAUUGUAUAUAAAGCACACUACGUU